GAUCCACUCGUCCUUCCUGCGGGGCUUAAAAGAGCCUCGUCUCUCAUCCAGCUUCCUCAUCGCAGCUCUGGCUCGUAAUCCUGUCUACAUAUGCAAUCAAGUCUUCUCGCGCAGCGUUAUACACGCAUACGCCAUACUAGGUAUAGACAGACGGAUUGGAAGUACCGGUAACUCACACCGACAAGUUUACCGUUUAGCCCGCUUUCCUUCCCCAUUCUCGCCUCAGAUCAAAUGAAAUGAUCUCAUUACCUGUUGGCUCACAGGCACAGAGCCAUCUGAUCCAAAAGCCCUACCCUUGAGCUAAGCUUUCGACGGUUCUCCGCGUUUCAAACACUACACCCUGGACCGUCGCAAAUUCAAACUACAACUCCCUCACAGCGACCUUUCGAAUGCGCACAGUCACAUCGACGACCUCUUCGAUCUAACCUUGCCGCGCUACUUACUCCUCAAACACACGUCACGACGAACUAGCCGCCACCAUGCAGGGUUUCAACAUGGGGCGGUACGUCCCGCCGGACGUUGAGGGGACCAUCUCAGGCAAUGCGCUGAACAGGAAACACGCCCUAGGCUCGCGCGCCUCGAAGUUGCGCACCGAAGGCAUCCUGACGGUGCGCUUCGAGAUGCCCUUCGGAGUCUGGUGUGGAACUUGCACGAAACCGACCAUCAUCGGCCAAGGUGUGCGCUUCAACGCUGAGAAGAAGAAAGUCGGCGCCUACCACAGCACGCCCAUAUGGAGCUUCCGGAUGCGCCACGCAGACUGCGGCGGCGUCAUCGAGAUUCGGACCGACCCCGCCAAUUCCGAGUACGUGGUAACCGAAGGGGGAACUCGGCGCGACACAGGGGACGAUAAAGACGAUAGCCUAGUGUCUUCCAGCGCCUUGGUUGGGGGCGUGGGAGAGAUCCUGACCGGGAAAGAGAAGGAUGCUCUUCGUAAUAAUGCUUUUGCGACAUUGGAAAAGACCAUCGAGGACCGCGCCGUGCUGAUCGAGAGAUCACAUCGAAUUGCGGAGCUCGAAGAUGCGAGCCAUCGUGCUUGGGAAGACCCGUACACUCAGAAUCGCCGUCUAAGAGCCGCUUUUCGCGCCGGGCGCAAGGCCCGCGAAAAAGAAGCCGCGAGCACAGAGGAUUUACAAGAGCGCAUGAGUUUAGGCAUCGACCUCGUACCAGCGACAGAAGAAGACGCACGACGCGCAGCGCUCGUGGAUUUCGGCAUUGGCGCCAGCUCCGAGCAAGAUGAAGCCCUCCACGGCGAAAUGAACAAUAAGGCGAGGAUACAUGACGCGGCACUCACGAAGCCACUCUUUGGUACACAUUCAGCACCGAGCAGUACCCAACAUGGCGAUUCUCAGAAAACAAAAGACGGUAUCUCAAAACCCGACUCGCAAAAGGGCAAAAAGCGUCUAAAAUCCGAAAUCAAGGCUUCUUCAACUCGCGACUCCCUCGUAUCCUCGCUCACGCGCAACACGCGCGCAUCGCAAGACCCAUUCAUACUACCAUUUAUUCCGCGGCCCCGAGGCGGCGAAUCUUCUACUUCUAUUUCUACUUCUACGACAACAAAAUCCACCCCGACGCCGUCGAGAAUCCAAGGGAUAAAGCGGAAGCGGGCCGAUAACCACCCUCAUUCCAAUCCCCCUAACUCACACCCGUCAUCUCCGUCUUCAUUUUCGUCAACGGUGGCCCUGGGGAAAAGAAGUAGAGAAGCAGGAGAAACAGCGCGCGAAAGACAAAAGAUGGAGAUUCCAACUACUAAUGACGAGACUACUCAUCGACCCAGCGGGGGCGGAAGCGGACAACUUUCAGGGCCCGAGAAAUCUAGGUCUAUGUCUACGUCUACGUCUGCGCUGGUAGAAUAUGACUCGGAUUAGGUGAGGCUUUACUUUACUUUGCUUUACUCGAAAAGGUAUAUAAACAACCAAAAGGCCCAGUGGGAUGGGUGAAUGAUUAAUGAAUGAAUGAAACAUGCAUAUAUACAGAUGUAUAUCAUGCCACUGUAUAUAGAACAAAUGUACAUACCUACAUAUAUACACUGCACACAAGUUUUGUCCAGAUAGAUUCCCAAGAUCCCUGCACAAAUGAGAAAUAGCAGAAGCAAAGCGGUAAUAGGAUAAUAUAUAUAUAUA